AAUGGAAAGAUCCCCAUGUGCCCUGAGGAAUAUGAAUUUUUGUCCUCAACUUCUUAUGGAGACUCCUGCUAGGCAGGAAAGUGUUGAAGAGAGCCGUGUUGUGCUUUCGAUUCUGUCUGUUCCAGUUCCGACCCAGGGUUAGGUCAGUCUCCGUGGUCCACGUAAAUCAGACAGCACCGUUGUGCUGAAACAGACCUUGCAAACCCGAACCCCAACUUGUGCUGGCGUCCAUCGUGACUUGGAGACGUGACCCAUCUCUGCCAUCCGCCAUGCGUCGCGCCGCCCUACAAGCUUUCCGCACCAGCCUGCAAUGUACCGUCCGAGGUUCUCGCUAUAGCUCCCGCCGGGGCGUAUCUCCGCUGCUGGUGCCGACCGCAUCCAGGAGGACCGCAGCGUCAACCCGCCGAUUGCUCUCGACGUCCCCACAGGCCCGCAGCAGCAACCGUCCCCGUUCGUGGGAGAAUGCACCGGUCCCCAUCGAACCGCUCCGUUCAUCCAUGUAUUUCCGCCGGGCCUCCGUAGCGCUGGUCUCGGCGCUGGUCGGCUACGGGGCCUAUUACUCGUACAGGGGCAACGACACCGACAGCAUCGUGAAGCGGGCCUACUCGACGAGCAGCACGAGCAGGGCCGCAGGCGAAGCGGCAACACAAACCCGCUCCGUUCUGGUCAUUGGCGCCGACGAGCUGCAUACCGGCACGUUUGUUGGGGAGGGACCCAUCUCCAAGACCACGGGCGACGACGGGAGGAGGGUGAUUGAGAUGCUCACGCCUGAGCAGGCCACGCAGAAGCUGCGCAAGAGUGAGGAGUCGUACUUUGUCAAUCGCGGCCAGGGCGUCGUGCGCUAUGACUUGGUUCAGCUGCCGAGCAAUGAUCCGAUUGAGGAUGACCAUGCCGAGAAGAUUGUUGAGAUACCCGACAAGACCAAUGCAAUUGGGACGAGCGACUGGAUGUUCUGGGGUGUUUUUGAUGGGCACUCAGGAUGGACGACCUCGGCGAAACUCCGCCAGGCUCUAGUAACUUUCGUGGCCCGGGAACUCAACGACACAUACAGGACAUUCGGCCUGACGCCAUCGCAAGAGGCCGUCGACGCCGCCAUAAAGAAGGGCUUCCUGAAGCUGGAUGACGAGAUUGUUAAUCAGAGCGUGCAGAAGGUUAUGCAGGCCAACAAUAAGAUCGCCGCUGCCGAGCUGCUCGCCCCCGCCCUGUCAGGAUCCUGCGCCCUCCUCUCCUUCUACGACAGCCGGUCCAAAUUGCUACGCGUUGCGUGCACGGGCGAUUCGCGAGCUGUUCUAGGCCGCCGUUCAGAGUCUGGCAAGUGGAUAGCCAUACCGCUCUCGGUCGACCAGACGGGCAGCAAUCCCGAUGAAGAGGCACGGUUACGGAAACAGCACCCGAACGAGCCAUACGUCGUACGAAACGGCCGCGUCCUCGGCGGGUUGGAGCCUACGCGCGCCUUCGGAGACGCCAGCUACAAAUGGAGCCGUGAGAUCUCGGAGAAGCUGAAGCAGCAUUUCUUCGCUCGCUCCGUCUCAUCGAUACUCAAGACGCCUCCCUACGUCACCGCCGAACCCGUUGUCACGACCACCAAGAUCGAGCCCGAGAAGGGCGACUUUGUCGUCAUGGCCACCGAUGGGCUUUGGGAGAUGCUGACCAACGAGGAAGUCAUAGGCCUAGUGGGCAAGUGGAUUGAGAGCCAGCAGAUUACGCCGGGCAUCUCCAGCAGCUCGCAGUACGACUCGGUGUGGGGGCGCAUCUUUGGGUCGCGCGGCGGCAAGGGCGGGUUGCCGGUCGAGACGGCGGGGGGCGCGGACGGCAGCGCCAGUGGCAGCGGUGGGCAAAAGACGCCGUUUCGCGGGGUGCGGCAGUGGGGGAACUCGGCGGACGGGUUCGUGGUACAGGACCCGAACGUGGCGACGCAUCUGGUGCGCAACGCUCUUGGCGGCAAGAACCAGGAGCAGGUCUCGGCGCUGCUGACGCUGCCCGCUCCGUUCUCGAGACGGUACAGGGACGAUCUGACGGUGCAGGUAAUCUUCUUUGGCAACGGCGAGCGGACGGGCGAGGUCGUGGUCAAUCUUGAUGCCACUGCGCCGGCGAAGCCCCCAAAAGCCAAGCUAUAGUGCUACCACGAACGGGUGUCUGUUCCAAUUUUCUCUCUGUCCAAGGCUUCCUACGAGGCACAGGUCUUUACGAGCAGGAUUUAAACCGGUUAGGCGCAAUGGUUGAUAUACCAGGUAGCGAUAGGGCUUGGUUGUUGUUGUAUUGGUAUUGCUACUCUUCAGUUUGAAACAUGCCUCUGCAUCCCAUGUUCAAGGCUUCGCGUCCAGCAGCAUGUUGUUCAGGGGUCGGAGGGGUGUCGGGGUGGCUGCGACGCCAACUUCCAAGGUUCCAAUAGUCAGCCGGAAGUCUCUCACAAAGCUACCCUCCCUUUAUUGAGACAGCAGUGCUGCUGCAUGAACCACCUCUACAACUUACGGCAGGGU